CCGGCAGCGCGGUCGGGACACUCGGUUUCCUCCCCAGAGCCCAGGCCUGAGAACCUCCUCGCGUUAGCGCUUGGCACUCUGUCCCAUCCAAGUUCAAGUAACGUGCCUCCUGAGGAUCACUCAUACAUGACGGAAAAAAAAAAGAAAAGUGAAAGAUUAUCUACACUGAUUAUUUUGUAGGAGUACAGAAGGUGAACUAGAAAGGGGAAAAGAGACACAAGAAUGUCAGGCAACGAAGAAAGGAAGAGUCAAGGAGUUCCUGAAGAAGCUCUGACUAAACAAGACAUAUCUUCAUUAACUGAUGCUGUCGAGCAAGUUGCACAGCAACAACAAUCACAAGCAUCAGAAAUAGAAAAAAACAAAAAAGUUCUGUUCAAUUUGCAGAAUGAACUUCAUGAGCUUAAAACACAAAUAGCAUCUGUCUCUGCAGAAACUAAAGAAACGGAAAGGCAAAUUUAUCAGCAAGAUGCUGCCAUACAGACUACCAAACUUCAGUGUGGAAACCUGGAAAAUCAAAUCAAAUCCUUACAUACAGAAAAUGUGAAGCUUAAAUUUGACAUAGAGGCAGCACAAGAAGAUUUUGAGGAACAAAUGAUAAGAUAUAAUGAAUACUAUGCAAAGAUAAAAGCACAUAAAGAUAGUUUGAGAGAGGUAGAGAGCAAAUGGUCAUUCAUGACUGAACUCAAUGAGAAACGAGACCUUGUUAAAAAACUAAAGACAAUGAAAGAGGAACUUAUGCAGGAUCUCCAAAAUCCAGAAGGAAACCUGAUGAAACAAGUACAGGAAGACAUUAUAAACCUAAAGGAUAAAAUUAUAACUGUAAAAGAAUCCAUCAUUGAAAAAACUUGUUUUCUUGAGGAAGAAAAAAAGACACAUGAAAAAUUAAGAAAAGAAAUAGAGGUACAACAUAAGAGAUAUGGUGCAAUUCUUAAGCGUUUGCACUGUCAGGUGAACAAGCUUCAGUCAGAUAGAAGACAAUGGCAAUGGAACAUUCAACAGCUGCAAAAAACUGCAGCUGAACUGAGAAAAUGCAUUGGAACGGAAGAUUAACAUGGCCAAGGGUAAUGUAGUAUAGGGUAAUGCUGAGCACAGACUAUGCCACAAAAAUUAUGGGAUAGAAAGGUGAGAAUAUCCUUUGGGUCUUAACAAAUGACAUCCACUAUCAGAGGGCUCUCUUAAUGACAGAUAUGUUUUCUUUUCUUUGAAUCAGUCAUCUGUUUGCUGAAAUGCCUUCCAACCCGAUAAUUGAUAACAAUAGAGAGACAAUAGGAAGACUCACAGAAGAAUAGUGAAAGACUCUGUAUGAAUAUUUUGAGUGUAUAAGAUAUAUUGUACUCAUGAAUGCCUGUUUAUAAACAUGUUGCCUUCACUAGCACAUGAAGCAAAAAUUUAGAAGAAAAGAAGCAUUUGAAUUUACAGUGGUUUAAAUUUUUAAGAUAUUUUAAAUGGUUGUCUGUUUCAAACUACCUGCUUUUUACCCCUGGCUUCAAAGCAGUCCAUAAAUGUUGACAUUUAUAAUAAGGUUGUUAUGUGUUCAAGGCUUCAGAUAUUUACUUAGAUUUUCUCUUUUAUCCAGAAGGUAACAAUCAUUUUUCUUUGCUGUUGGAUAACAUAUUUUUAGAGUGUUACAAUGUAUACAAUUUUUUGUUCACUUUUCUGUCUGUAUGUUCUUUCUUACUAUUCUAUAGCUAAAUUGAGUUUAUAACAUCAUGUAAGGCAAACAUACCAGCUCUUAAUGUUAACCAAUGUAGACUAACAUUUUUUUUCUCAUUGAAAGUCAUAUACUAUGUCCACAGCAACAAACUUGUGCCUUUUAGAAUAAAAGCGCUCCUUCUUGUGGCU